CGCGGGUGUCGCUAAUGGUGCUGCUGGCGCUGCUCGGGCCGCAGCCCGUGCUGGGCCGGCCCCGAGAGCGCCUCCGCGUGCGCUUCACCCCGGCCGUGUGCGGCCUGCGCUGCGUCCAUGGGCCCACCGGCUCCCGCUGUACCCCGACCUGCGCGCCCCGCAACGCCACCAGCGUGGACAGCGGCGCGCCCGGCGGGGCGGCCCCGGGGGGACCCGGCUUCCGCGCCUUCCUGUGUCCCUUGAUCUGUCACAACGGCGGUGUGUGCGUGAAGCCUGACCGCUGCCUCUGUCCCCCGGACUUCGCUGGCAAGUUCUGCCAGCUGCAUUCCUCGGGCGCCCGGCCACCGGCCCCGGCCAUGCCGGGCCUCACCCGCUCGGUGUACACCAUGCCAUUGGCCAACCACCGCGACGACGAGCACGGCGUGGCGUCCAUGGUGAGCGUCCACGUGGAGCACCCGCAGGAGGCGUCCGUGGUGGUGCACCAGGUGGAGCGUGUGUCCGGCUCUUGGGAGGAGGCGGACGCCGAGGCGGUGGCACGGGCGGAGGCGGCGGCGCGGGCGGAGGCGGCGGCGCCCUACACCGUGCUGGCACAGAGCGCGCCGCGCGAGGACAGCUAUUCCGAUGCCUCCGGCUUCGGUUACUGCUUUCGGGAGCUGCGCGGAGGCGAAUGUGCGUCCCCGCUGCCCGGGCUCCGGACUCAGGAGGUGUGCUGCAGAGGGGCAGGCUUGGCCUGGGGCGUUCACGACUGUCAGUCAUGCUCGGAGCACUUGGGGAUUUCAGACAGAGUGGGCACCCCAGAUGGACCGUGUCCAACAGGCUUUGAAAGGGUUAAUGGGUCCUGCCAAGAUGUGGAUGAGUGCGCGACCCGCGGGCGCUGCCAGCACGGGGAGUGUGCGAACACGCACGGCGGGUACACGUGCGUGUGCCCCGAUGGCUUCCUGCACGACUCAUCCCGCAGCAGCUGCAUCUCCCAGCACGUGAUUUCAGAGGCCAAAGGGCCCUGCUUCCGCGUGCUCCGCGACGGUGGCUGCUCGCUGCCCAUUCUGCGCAACAUCACCAAGCAGAUCUGCUGCUGUAGCCGCGUGGGCAAAGCCUGGGGUCGAGGCUGCCAGCUCUGUCCGCCCUUCGGUUCAGAGGGUUUUCGGGAGAUCUGCCCUGCUGGCCCUGGCUACCACUACUCGGCCUCUGACCUCCGCUACAACACCAGACCCCUGGGCCAGGAGCCACCCCGAGUAUCCCUCAGCCACCGGGCUCCACCCUCCACUCCUAGGCCACCCUCAGGUGAGCUGGUUUCUGGGGGAGGAGAUGCCAUCUCCAAGGGGCUGCCCCAGCCUCAUAAGGAAAAAAGGAGAGAGGGGACAUCCAAAUUCAGGUCUCCAUUCACUGAUACCCCUUCUUUGCCAGGCUUUCUGCCCACCCACCGUCCAGAACCCCCACCUGAGCCCAGGCCUGGCCCUGAGCUUCCCCCGCCCAGCAUCCCUGCCUGGUCUGGUCCUGAGAUCCCUGAAUCAGGUCCCUCUGUGGGCAUGUGUCAGCGCAACCCCCAGGUCUGCGGCCCGGGACGCUGCAUCCCGCGGCCCAGUGGCUACACCUGCGCCUGCGACUCUGGCUUCCGGCUCAGCCCGCAGGCCACACACUGCGUCGACGUGGACGAGUGUCGCCGUGUGCCCCCGCCCUGUGCCCCCGGGCGCUGUGAAAACACGCCAGGCAGCUUCCAUUGCGUGUGCGGCCAGGGCUACCGAGCGGGCCCGCGGGGCACGGAGUGCCUGGACGUGGACGAGUGCCACCGUGUGCCGCCGCCGUGCGACCGCGGGCGCUGCGAGAACACGCCAGGCAGCUUCCUAUGCGUGUGCCCCGCUGGGUACCAGGCUGCUCCCCACGGAGCCGGCUGCCAGGAUGUGGACGAGUGCACGCAGAGCCCAGGCCUUUGUGGCAGAGGGGUCUGUGAGAACCUGUCUGGCUCUUUCCGCUGUGUUUGCCCGGCUGGCUUCCGGGGCUCGGCGUGUGAAGAAGAUGUGGAUGAGUGCGCCCAAGAGCCACCGCCCUGUGGGCCAGGCCGCUGUGACAACACAGUGGGCUCCUUCCACUGUGCCUGCCCGGCUGGCUUCCGCUCUCGAGGGCCGGGGGCCCCAUGCCAAGAUGUGGACGAGUGUGCCCGCAGCCCCCCACCCUGCGCCUAUGGCCGGUGUGAGAACACGGAAGGCUCCUUCCAGUGUGUCUGCCCCACAGGCUUCCAACCCAACGCUGCCAGCUCCGAGUGCGAGGAUGUGGAUGAGUGUGAGAAUCACCUGGCCUGUCCUGGGCAGGAGUGUGUGAACUCACCCGGCUCCUUCCAGUGCAGGGCCUGUCCUGCUGGCCACCACCUGCACCAUGGCCGAUGCACUGAUGUGGACGAGUGCAGUUCAGGUGCCUCCUGCGGCCCCCACGGCCACUGCACCAACACCGAGGGCUCCUUCCGCUGCAGCUGCGCGCCCGGCUACCGCGCGCCCUCGGGUCGGCCUGGGCCCUGCGCAGACGUGAACGAGUGCCUAGAGGGCGACUUCUGUUUCCCGCACGGCGAGUGCCUCAACACCGACGGCUCCUUUGCCUGCACUUGCGCCCCCGGCUACCGGCCCGGACCCCGCGGAGCCUCUUGCCUCGACGUGGACGAGUGCAGCGAGGAAGACCUCUGCCAGAGCGGCAUCUGUACCAACACCGACGGCUCCUUCGAGUGCGUCUGUCCUCCCGGACAUCGUGCCGGCCCGGACCUCGCCUCCUGCCUCGACGUGGACGAAUGUCGCGAGCGGGGCCCGGCCCUGUGCGGGUCCCAGCGUUGUGAGAAUUCCCCGGGCUCCUACCGCUGUGUCCGAGACUGCGACCCUGGCUACCACGCGGGCCCUGAGGGCACCUGUGACGAUGUGGAUGAAUGCCAAGAAUAUGGCUCAGUGAUUUGUGGAGCCCAGCGCUGUGAGAACACCCCUGGCUCCUACCGCUGCACACCGGCCUGUGACCCUGGCUACCAGCCCACGCCAGGGGGCGGAUGCCAGGAUGUGGACGAAUGCCGGAAUCGGUCCUUCUGCGGGGCCCACGCCGUGUGCCAGAACCUGCCCGGCUCCUUCCAGUGCCUCUGUGACCAGGGAUACGAGGGGGCCAGGGACGGGCGUCACUGCGUGGAUGUGAAUGAAUGUGAAACACUACAGGGUGUGUGUGGAGCUGCCCUGUGUGAGAAUGUCGAAGGCUCCUUCCUCUGUGUCUGUCCCACCAGCCCUGAGGAGUUUGACCCCAUGACUGGACGUUGUGUUCCCCCACGAACUUCUGCUGGCACAUUCCCAGGCUCACAGCCCCAGGCACCUGCCAGCCCGGGUGUGCCUGCCCGGCCACCUCUGCCAUCCCCACCCCGCCGGCCCAGCCCACCCAGGCAGGGCCCUGUGGGCAGUGGGCGCCGGGAGUGCUACUUUGACACGGCGGCUCCGGAUGCCUGUGACAACAUCCUGGCACGGAAUGUGACGUGGCAAGAGUGUUGCUGCACAGUGGGCGAGGGCUGGGGCAGCGGCUGCCGCAUCCAGCAGUGCCCCAGCACCGAGACAGCCGAGUACCAGUCACUGUGCCCCCAUGGCCGGGGCUACCUGGCACCGAGCGGAGACCUGAGCCUCCGGAGGGACGUGGACGAGUGCCAGCUCUUCCGAGACCAGGUGUGCAAGAGUGGCGUGUGCGUGAACACGGCCCCAGGCUACUCGUGUUAUUGCAGCAACGGCUACUACUACCAUGCCCAGCGACUGGAGUGCGUCGAUAAUGACGAGUGCGCGGACGAGGAGCCGGCGUGUGAGGGCGGCAGCUGCGUCAACACCGUGGGCUCUUAUCACUGCACGUGCGAGCCCCCGCUGGUGCUGGACGGCUCCCGGCGCCGCUGCGUCUCCAACGAAAGCCAGAGCCUCGAUGACAACUUGGGAGUGUGCUGGCAGGAAGUGGGAGCUGACCUUGUGUGUAGUCGCCCUCGGCUGGACCGCCAGGCCACCUACACAGAGUGCUGCUGCCUCUACGGUGAAGCCUGGGGCAUGGACUGUGCCCUCUGCCCCGCCCAGGACUCAGAUGACUUUGAGGCCCUGUGCAAUGUGCUGCGUCCACCUGCAUACGGUCCCCCGCGGCCAGGUGGCUUUGGACUCCCUUACGAAUAUGGCCCUGACCUAGGUCCACCCUACCAGGGCCUUCCCUAUGGGCCCGAAUUGUAUUCGCCACCUGUGCUCCCCUACGACCCCUACCCACCUCCUCCUGGGGCCUUCGCCCGCCGGGAGGCCCCCUACGGAGCACCACCCUUCGACAUGCCUGACUUUGAGGACGACGGUGGCCCCUACAGUGAAUCUGAGGCUGCCGUGCCACCUGGCCCAGGCAGCCGCUGGCGCUAUCGGUCCCGCGACACCCGUGGCUCCUUCCCAGAGCCUGAGGAGUCACCUGAAGGUGGAGGCUAUCCUGGCACCCUGUCUGGGCCCUACGAGGGACUGGAGGCAGAGGAGUGCGGGAUCUUGGAUGGCUGCGCCCACGGCCGCUGCGUGCGUGUCCCCGAGGGCUUCACCUGCGACUGCUUCAGUGGCUACCGCCUGGACAUGACCCGCAUGGCCUGCGUCGACAUCAACGAGUGUGAUGAGGCCGAGGCGGCCUCCCCGCUCUGCGUCAAUGCACGCUGCGUCAACACCGAUGGCUCCUUCCGCUGUAUCUGCCGCCCAGGAUUCGCACCCUCGCACCAGCCGCACCACUGCACGCCCGCGAGGCCGCGGGCCUGAGCCUCGGAGGCCCCAGGCCCUUUGCUCUGCGCCUGCGCACUCGGGUCCCUGCCACGCACCCUCCCGCCCGCUUGUGCGCAUGAGCAGUGGGUGCCUGACGGGCGGCAGAGGAGGGACGACAGAGGAGGGACGCACGAAGCGCUAACCGUUGGAAGGAGGGAUGCCCUUCACUGCUCCUGCCACUGUCAGCCCCUCCUACCGACUCUGCGGGACCCCGGGACUAGCCCACGGGCCCCUUCACGUUCCCUCUCCUUUUUAUAAACAUUUUCAAUUAAAAAACACCUAUUUUGUAG